UUUAUUUUGAUGACAGCGUCAUAUUGUUCAUGAUGGUGAGGCUGUGUGGUUGGAAUAGAAGUUUUAAAAUUAUUCGUGUUUGUUGAUGAAAACUGUGUUCCAAUAAACCAUAUUUCAAGGUGAAAAUAUUUUUUUUGCGCGCAGUCAGCAGUGCUAAUUUUGAGGCGGAGAGUGCCGCACAGAGAGCGUACGUGAAGAAGAUUAAGUUCAAAUCUGGCCAGCGAAGUCUACCCGCCCUGUUUUUCGUUCAACGAAAGCCAAGUAGGCCCAUGGCCCUGGUAUCAAAGAAAGACCAUUACAGACAAGACUACUGGUUUUGGAGUAAGUGUUACAGAAGUGUUCCAUGGGUUUAAGAGGAGCGUACAUGGAACUCCUGCUGUGGUGUGAGCCGUUAUUUCUUCACUCAUCAAGGAACUUAACAUGACCAAUAUUUUGGCCCAUAUCUGUCAGUAAAGUAGUGUUCAUGGUACUUAAAAGUCGCAGAACUGUACCACUGGUACCAGUCAUGGAUGAACCAGUUAAGAAGAAGCAGAAAGUAAGCGAGGACGGGGUCGAUGUAGGUGGUGGAGGGGAUGAGGUGGACCGGGAACUGUUGGUUAUACAACAACAUAUGUUGAAUCAGUGUUUGUGUCCUGUAUCAGAAAGUAGCUUACGGAAGCCUUUUCAAAGUGUGAGACUGGUGUCAGAUGGUCAGGGAGACUAUCAUGUACCAACCCUUUCAGAAUGGAGUCGCGAUCGCAUUUUGCUCUUUGUCAGCACACUUCAACUUUUGUGUGAAGUAGCCAUCAAACAGAAGGCUAAGCGAUCGAUGUGUACACGUAUCGGUGAAAUCUGUGACGCACUUGUGAGAAAUGAGUAUGGCCUCAUUGAACAACUAAUAGAAUUCUCGUCCCAUUCUGAUCCAUUUAUUUGUUUCACAGCAAGUCGAGCACUGUCAGCGUUUCUGAUAGUGUCAAAGUCACACGUUAAUCGCAGCUGGUUAGAGAGUUUGACAGAAAAUGCCCUUGUAACUACUCAUGCACAAAAAAUCUCGUUUUCUUUGGAAGUCAUAAAACACGUUGUAGAAUGGAAAGAUUUAGAUACACAUCCAUUGGAAGACAGUAGUGACGACAGGCCACCUGUCACAUGCGUUGUUGUUAAUGUGUCAGAACCUGAAAGUCUGGAUACAAGCCAAGUGAAGUGUCUUUGUAUCAAAGCACUUGAAGCACAGUGGCCAGCAAUUGUUAAGAAGUUUAAUGGCAUGAUCGGUAGUUAUUCAAGUGAACAUGAAUCAACUAUUGUGACUUUUUUAGGCCUAUGGGAGGCAAUAAUCUCUGUAAAAGCAAACCUCUCAGUUGUUGAUACAAAGCCAUUUUACGCACACCUCGACAGGUUUGUAGCACUCCUUAAUCCUGCUGUUCCUCCUGGUAUCUGGAAACACUUGUUGGGAUUGUUUAAUGAAGUGCUGUGUUAUGGCAGUACUUUAGCGUUGCAAGACGUGUUGGCAGAAGAACCUUGUGCUUUAGCUCAUUUGGUGGUGCGUAGCGUGAAGGACUGGCAUCUCCUGGAUACACUUCCAUACAGGGGUGGUAGCGGCAGGUUUGGGGGUGGUGCAGGAGAUGGAGAUCGUCCCCUUCUCCAGAAGAUGGCGUUGCUCGUUUUGAAGAGCGUUGCGGUGACAGUGAAGGAGACUCGGUGUGACAGUUCCAGUGACAGCUCCCUGGGGUCAGAAGCAGAUGAUGUAGAUGCUGAUAUGGCCAUGAUCGAACGUAGCAUUCGCGAGGUACUCCGUCAGCUAGACAACUGUGUUAAAACCUUGUUGCCUUUCCAUCCUGAAACUCCUCUGGCACAGUGGGUGGUCCAGCUAUUUGCUGAUCAGGAUGAUGCUCUAAUUGAAGGAAUGGUUUGCUGUUUAGAUGUAGCUGUAGGAUUAUUCUACCGUAACUCAGCUCAGCUUGAUCUCAGGCACACGUUAAGCCCAGCUGCGACUUUUGUACACUUCCUAAGGGCUGUCUCUCAUGAUCCAGAUGUCUUGUUAGACCUCCUUGUUUCCAAUGAGACAUGCUUUCUUCUGUACCUGUUGCGGUUGCUGAAAUUUGUCCGUCGAAAUUGGGUGGAGUUUGUGGCUUGCUGCAGUCGUGAAUUGGACAGCACUAUGUCUGUGUUAAUAAGGUUGCGCCUUGCUAUAGAUAGACUCGUCUCGAAGGCGCUGUUUCCAUACAAUAUCAACCCAGUUCUCAGGUUACUGGAGAAGUGUGAGCAAAUGUAUGAGGUUAAUGACAGUUAAAUUUAAGAAACAUUUAAAAGUGUAUGAAGCAUUUGAGAGCAAAUGUUGAAGAUGCAUCCCUUGAUGAAUAUUCAUGAUUAUGUAGCAUGUAUCUUUUUUUUUACUUCCUGUUGGAGAUGAUAUGUAUGAUUAUUUAUAUGAAUCACUUGCUGAUAUUACAGUAACAUAGGAUAAGUUAUGUUGAAAACUGCCAACACAUUGAUAUUUUAUACCAGUCUUGUUUUAAGCACUGUAGAUAAUGUCGUACUGUAUAUUUGGUAUUUAAUAUUUAUGAUUCAGCAACAAUUAUUUUAGAUUUUAUUGUAACUCAACAUUUUUCAGUAAUAGUUCAGAACACUCUGUGCCUGAUAGUUACCCUUUCUGCUGUACAAACUCCCUUUAUAGAUAUGUUAUAUUUUUUAUGGUACUUAACAGGUGAUUCAAGUAAUUUAAAUCUUUACUGCCAUGUCGUACGCCAUGUUAGUGAUGCCAUCCUUGUAAGUUUAUUUGUAAAAACAAACCCAACAGCAUAAUUUUAUGCAGGAAAAUUCUGAGGUUAUGCUUUAGGUCUUGUUUUACAAAUGAACUUGCAAGGUUGGCACCACUAACAUGGCAGACAACAUGGUGGUAAUUUGGAAAGCUCCUUGGAUCAUCUGCUAAUAUGUAAGUACCUUUUUAAUACCUACCAAAGCCAUGACAGUUAUUGCCAGAUUUUUCCUGUACACAAACAUUCCAAAAUAACAAGACUUGAAAAUGUUGUGCAGUUAUGAGUUGUAUAUAAUCUUCUGUCAGAACAAAUAUAAUAUUGUUUUUUAUUCUUU